AUGUCAUAUUUAAAUUCUGGUAGAAUUAAUACUUGGGCUAUAAAAGAAAUUUUAAAGAGAGAUAUUUUAGAUAUUCUGGAUCAUUUAAAUGGUCCAAAAAUUAUAAUAUGGGAUGAAAACGUUAUUGCUUCAAUUAGUUUGAUCAUAGAAUAUCAAAUUUUAAAGGAUAAUGAUGUAAUUCAUAUGUACUCACUUAAAGAACAAUCGGUACCUAUGGAAUCAGCCAAGCAUAUAAUAUUUAUAAUAAAACCUGAUUUAAAUAAUAUAAACUCAUUGUAUUUUUUUAUAAAUAGUUUUCAAAAGAAAAACUUCAAUCAUAAAGAACUUCAUUUAUUGUGGGUUCCAAAAAACUUUGUCUUAUAUGAUGAAAAAUUGAAAGAGUUAGAUCUAUACACUAUAUUUACCAGUAUAGGAAAUCUGGGUGCCGAUCUAUUUCCAUUUGAUAGUGACUUAAUAUCUAUGGAAAUACUGGGAGUUUAUAAGGAUUUAAUCCUUGAAUAUGAUCCAUUCUCUUUGUAUCUAUCUGGCAGAGCUCUCAACAAAUUAUUGAAAAUCCAUCCUUUAUUAUGUAAUACCAAACCGAAAAUUAUUAGCAAAGGAGUCGCUGCUAAAAAAGUUCACGAGCUCUUAAAAGACCCAAAUUUUCAAGACGCCAACGAGAAAAUCAACAAAGCCUUUCAAGAAACAUUAUCCUUAUCGAACGAUUUGAGCUCUAAACCAUAUUCGAGCUCAGCAUCUUAUAGUUCUCCUAAUACUACUACACUUAUUAUCUUAGAUAGAAGCGUGGAUUUACUGACCCCUUUACUCACUCAAUUGACCUACGAGGGAUUAAUCGACGAAAUUUUUGGCAUUAAAGGCACAUAUCUAACUCGCGUUAUGCUACCUCUCUCAAGAUGCCUUCUAAAGUAUUUCAAAGCCUCUCAAUCCACUAAAAACAACCAAGCCUCGACAUCCACGAAUCCCUUUUCCGAUUCGGUAGAUGAAGAUGAUCAACAAAUUCCGGAGGGUGGUGGCAUAGGGGAUUCCAACUUUGCCAACACGGAGAGUGAAAAUAACAAAGCCAUCAAAACCUUAUCUCUCAACUCAAGGGACGAAAUAUUCGGCGAAACCAGGGAUAAAAAUUUUAACGCCGUAGGAUCUUAUUUGAGUAUCAAGGCUAAGAACUUGGCUUCCCAGUUUGAGGAACGCCACAACGUCAAAACUGUCAGCGAAGUUAAAGGAUUUGUCUCGAAACUGCCUUACUUACAAAACAUCAGAUCGCAUUUGACAAAUCAUACGACCAUCGCAGAAGUGAUCAAAGAACGAAUCGAUAGCGAUGAAUUUCGAGACAUCUUAAAAGCCGAACAAGAGUUUUUAUUCUGCGUGGGCACCGAUAAAAUAAAUACUUAUAUAGAAGAUUGCAUAGCUAGGAAAGAAAGCUUAACAAAGGUGUUAAGGUUGUUGUGUGCCCAAUCGUUUGUGAACAAUGGCUUGAAGACAAAGGUUUUGGAACAAUAUUCUCGAGAUAUUUUUCAGACUUACGGAUAUGUGCACAUGCUCACUUUAAAUAAUUUAAAAGAAUGCAAAAUGUUGGUCAAUUACAUUCCCGACUCUACUAACAAAAGACCCUUUUCUGCCCUCGUCAAAUCGUAUAAUCUAAUCGUCGAAAAAACUGAUGAAAAAUUACCCCACGAUUUCUCCUACGUCUAUAGCAUUUACGCACCUCUCUCUGUUAGAAUCGUACAAAAAAUACUAUCGACCAACUUUAAAGAAACCCAUAUUGCAAACAAGGGCAUGUCACAAAAAAACUCAUCUUUCGCCAGUCUCAAUAUUGAAUAUAAUAAAAAUCCUUUCUUUUUGGAAGAAGACAAUAAAUCUAUAAAUCAUAGCAGCAUCCCUGAUUCGGGUUCGGUCAGGAGCGGAAGCGUAGACAAUAAUAGUUUAGAUUUGAACGAAUCAUCUUCGUACCAACAAAACACAAUCAUAGUAUUUAUGAUUGGCGGUUUAACCUUGGCUGAAAUAUCGGCCUUGCGGUUCUUAUUAAAAUCCGAAGAAAGUUCGUACGAUUAUUUGAUAAUCACAACUGAAAUCAUCAACGGUAAAACUUGGAUCGAUUAUAUGUAUGAACAUUAUUUAUAA